GCGGACGGCUGUUGCAGUUUCGCCCAUUGCUUGUACGAUGUGUUCUGGGUUUAGAAUCAGAUCAUACUUCAUCAAAGUCACUUCUUCUUGCUGUUUAUCAGCCUAUAGAACAAUCAGAAUCCCUCGCUUCACAUCUGAUGUCCUUGUAUGCCAGAAAACUCUUCACCAACGAAAACCAGUGAAAAUGAUAGUUCAGGAAAAAAUGACUGAAAAACAUUCUUUUUCUCGACCGACCGGUCAAAUUAGUUUUCUUUCUGCCAGCCGGUCAGAAAUUCCUGACCGGACUGACCGGUUGCCGGUACCGGUUACAUCCUUGUGUCUGAGGUCAGAUACACAUUUACAAAAAUACCUUUACUGUAAAAAUCCCGUCAUUAACCAAACUCAAAAUCAAAAUGUUAUUAAAAUUAGAUCCCAAACCUGAAAUAAACAUUGGCACGAUGAUCAGGAUAUUCGAAAAUCUAUAAUUCGAUUAUUUUUUAUCUCUUCAGCAGGGUCCGGACUGAGAUAGGUAGGUCAUCGGAGAAAUUUCCUAGGGAUUGUACCUUGAGAGAUAGCGACCUGAAAGUUAAGCAGAAUGAAAGAUCUCAUCUCGAACUACUUUUUUCACUUUUGAACCAUUAAAAUUCGAUGCUUUCUCGAAAAACGGCGUUAGCUUGCAAAUGUUCCCACAAGGCUUAUCAUCUGAAGAUGUUGCUUUUUCCGAAAUUGUUUCAUAGACUCUUGUCCCAAAGUGUCUAGUUUUAUAAUCUCAAAAGCGCAGGUCUCUUGCUCCUUUCCUUGCUGAGAUAUUAAAAGAAUAUCAAGGACCACUAUUUUCUUGCGGCGAUAGUAGUCAUCUCUAUCAUGUGAAUAUUCCGUUCGUUUUUCUUUCUUUUCGAUGUUUGUUGCACUACUAUAGGUGCUAAAAUAGCAGACCGGUGAUUAUUUUUUGAAUAAUUCAAACGGAAUAAAAAACAGAGGCUAGCGGUUUUCACCAUUCGCUAGCCUAAAGCUAUGCUUUCAGAAGCAAAAACAAAUUCAGAAAAAAUCUCAAAGAUCCGUUAUUCAGGAUAUCUGUGGAAAAUCAGUUCUCUGAAAAAAGACAUAGAAAUCUAUGGAAUUUUUCAUGGAGAUAUAGUCUAAAGUGUCCUCGACAAAACUGGAUCUAAACCACAUAUUAGAAAUCCAUGAUUCGCGCGCUACGGACGUUUUUUCUGAAGCCUUAGUACUCCUCUACCGUUAUGUCUUUAGAUUCACACACUCGUGCCAACUCACUCUAUCACACACAGACAAAGGCAGGAAAAAAUUAAAGCUACUAUGUGAAUAUUCCGUUCGUUUUUCUUUCUUUUCGAUGUUUGUUGCACUACUUACCACGCAAUUACGUUCGCCCUUUUCGUGCAUGUUUCCAUCUACAAGAUUAAAACAUCAUUUCUAUGCAAAUUCCAUUUUGUUUUUUUUCUCUUGUGGCGUCUUUUUGAUAAAACAUUUUGGACAUCAUCCGAUGCAUUUUUGGCUCUAAACUCGAGGUCAUGUGUUAGAAUGAAAUCUGCGAAUUCUAUCCAAAAAUAAAGAUUUAUGUCGUUGAACAGCUUUUAGAAGCCCGAAUAUAUAUCUAUAUCCGAUCCUUUUGUAUCGGCAGAAAUAAACUUGGCUUUUCAUGUAGCUUUCGAGCAAACAGUGGAAGUUGCUCUCGGAGUUUUUGGUGGAAGGAAGUUCAUACGGAUCGAAGAAAAAGCGAUCCGGCACGGAUAUCGUCUAUACUUUCGUCGAUCUUGCCAUAGAAAAAGCUCCUUAACGAGUUGAGUGAAACUCAACUUGCGAGAUAAUUAUCUCUUCUUUCUAUCUUCUUUUCGUGAAAUAAAUCUGAACGCAGAAGCAUUGCUUGUAAAGCGCAGGAACAGUGAUGUAUAGCGACAUUCAUAUGACAAAAUUGGAAUAAUGGUGUUACAAUUAACUCAAUAAAGCAGCGAUUAGCUCUAACAAGAAACCAAGAGCAAACAUUACUGGUGCUAAUCGCGGUACACAUAUAAAGUGCUUAAAAUCGGCAUUCAACUAUUGGCCAAAUUUAUCUUGCUUACUACUCUGUACCUGGUCAUUCAUCAGCUUAUUUUGCUAUUAUUAUUAUAUCUCUAAUAAAGUGAAAUUAUUAACUUGUCACUGCUUUUAGUCUUAUUAUAAUACGUGUAUAGUUUGUUUUGUUCUUGAUAAAAGCUUUAGAUCCUCGACUCUGGGCGCUGAAGAAAAAAGGCAUUCAUGAGAAAUGUAUACACGAUGGUUGUUUCUAGACAUAGCAGGAUUCCUUGACGUAUUGCCUUUUUAAAGGACUUUUGUCAGGAUAUUAAAUGAUCCACAGAUUGAUUUAUCCCUAGUUAACUACCUUUGUUAAUUUGUCACUACAAUAUGCUACAUAUUCGCCAUCGGCUGCAUUUAAUAGAGGUCGUCACAUCAAACUGUUGAGAGAGACCAGUAAUACAGUGUUCAUCUGUCCAUUUGACGUGAAUUACGGAAUAAGGAUUAUUUAUCCACUGCCUAUAAGAAAAAAUCAUCACGACUGUGAUAUCAGAAUGCAAAUUAAACAUAAAAACGAGUCAUAUUAGCUAGUGAUAAGAACAACGACUAAAACUUUUUUAUUUUUAUUCAUUUAGAGUAUUAAUAAGAAAAGCCAACACAAUGACAACCGCUUUGGAUACAUCAUUAACAAAAGUAUUAGAAUUUUUAACUGAAGCAAAAAAUUUAAAGCAAACUGGAAACGAAUUGUUUCAAACAGGAAAAUUUGCGGGCUACACUCAUGCCUCACUAAAAUCUGCUUUGCCAUUAGUCGAUUGGUCUGAGUAUCUAGAGCUCAUUGAAAUUGCUGGUAAAGGUAGAGGAUAUAUUGCUAAGAAGAAUAUACCAAUUGAAACAUUAAUCAUGAUCGAAACAUCAUCAAUACGAUCAGAACCAUAG